CGAUUCAAAGCAGCUCAGUCACAGGGUGCGCAAGUGUUGCGCAGAGCUGACGCACAUGAGCACGUUUCAUUUGCUGACUAUUGUCAUGUUAACAUUUGCGGUUGCUAGACGACAAUAAUGCACAUUACACCCGUUCAGCGACGAGAGACGCGGAACGACGCUCAGCAUUAUUACUGCGCUCACUCUGUACCGUUCACACACAACAUCGACGCAGGAUCUGCUGCUUUUUUUAACGGCGACAUCAGGAAACAGCUGCAUCUUGGGAACUUCUUAACACCUCUUACCUUUUUCAGUGCUCCUUAAUAGGCUACCGUUUUAUAUUAGGAUUGGUGCGAAGCUUCGAAAUAAGAAAAAUAAGAUUUGCUGCUGCAUCAUAAUACUCGGACAUUACAGCUCGUGCUUCCAAUAUAUCAUACCGAAUGAGCAAGUAUUAUGGUUCUAUUGUUUGUAAAAGGGGAUGAUAAAAUAAAAACAGGCCAUCAGAGAGGCUAUAAUGUCUGUAGUAGCUGGAGAAAUUGUCACUGAAGAAGAGGUAGAGGAUCUGGCAGAGGACAGUCUGUGUAGCAGCUAUGUGUCCGACACUGAAAAGAAAUUGAGAAAAAAGAAAGUUUCAGCCAGACCACCUCCUUCUCCUAGGUCACCAUACCUGAACAGUGCAAGCUUUCCUCUAAAGAGAGCUCCCGUAGCAUUGUGGAGGACGGUGAAAGGGACACAGCUCCAAAACUGUAAAACCCCUCCGGCUGGUACACCGAAGGAUGUCUGGCUGCACUUACAGAACGAUGGACAAGGAACAUUGUCAAAGUCUCCAAAAGGAGUGGAUUACAGUGUCACACAGACCAGCAUCUCCAUGACCAGCACACCCGAAUACUUGAAGGAGGCCUUAGGAAUGAAAAAGCCAAAAUAUUCCCGCUCUGCAUCCAACGGUUAUGUUCCAGGGACCCCAGACUACAAAGAGAAGGAGGAUAUGUAUGAUGAAAUAAUUGAUCUAAAAAAGACCAUCCAAUCCCAAAAGAGUGAAUCGGACAAGAUGAAAGCCAAGCUACGCCGCCUUGAAGAAGAAAACGCUAAGAAAGACAGACAAAUCGAGCAGCUGUUGAAUCCAACAAAGGACCCAGAGUAUGCUAGAGGCUUAUUGGAUGGAAAGAAUGAUCCAAGAUCUAUCAUUAACGGAUUGAAACAGAGGAUUCUACGAUUGGAGCAGCAGUGCAAAGAAAAAGAGAAUGCCUUAAGUCGGCUUCAGAGUGACCUCAAAACCACCAACAUGCAGGAAAUGAAGAUCACAGUAGAAACCUACUUUGAAGAGGUUCAAAGAUUGACAGCACUUUUAGAGUCAACUGAAAGAAGUAAUAAGGCAGAGAGCAAAAACAUCAGGCGGCAAAACAAGAAUCUCAGUGCAAUGGUUCUGAAACUCACAAACACUGUUCAACACCUGGAGAACGAGAACCAGGAACUCAAAAAAGAAUUGACACAAGAAGAGAUGAACAUGAUGGAGAGCCCUGUGUGCCGGGCCAAGGGUUAUAUGGAUUGGAGUAAACAGAGACUUGUGCGACGAAUCCUGGAGCUUGAAAAGAGAGUCGGGGAGGUCACCAAAGCAUCAAACUCACUGAAGAGCCCAGACCAUAAAGGCGCUCAAUCAGAAUCGGCCAAUCAGAGUGAUUCUGUCAACACAGAGAUGGAGCCAUCUGCGAUUACAGAGAACGAUGCACAUUUGAGAGAAACAGUUAAGAAACUUGAAGAAGAUAAAAAGGAACUAGAGGGAAAACUAACCCAGAAAGAUGAGGAGAUAAAGCAGUUGUCUGCUGAGAAGGAUAAGAGUCUGAAAGAGGUCAAAAACAUGCUGAAGGAACAAAUCAGAGGGCAUGAGAAACUGAUGCAAACACAUAGGCAGGAGAUGGGCACACUGACCAUAGAAAUCAGCUGUUUGAAAGAGAAACUAGAAGAAGAGAGAAAACUGAGAUUAUUACAAGAUCCAAGUCAGGUUCAGGAUGGUUCUUUGUCAUUAACACAUACAGAGCCAUUGUCAUCGUCAGCAGUCAUGCCGAUAGAGAAGAACAGAGCAGCUAAGAUCAUCCAGACACACUGGCGCUCCCACCGAACACAGGAUCUAGUUCUUUUACAGUCCUGUCUCAGAGGGCAUCUAAUCAGGCAGAGGCAGUUAGAUGGACAGAGGCAAGCGGACCCAAGAACCGUCCCUGUUUCCAUGAGCCAAUCAGGUAUGAACUCUCAGGCUGUACAGGAAGAGGAAGUGACUCUGCUGCAAUCUGUCUUUAGGGCUCAUCUCAAACGCAGCACUCUGGCGAUGGACAGGGUGUCUGCAUUGACACACUCUUCAUCUUCCACACAUCAGAAAAAGCCGUAUCUCUCCUCCUCCCCUCCUCUGCUGCACAGAGGCUCCUCACAAGCCAUGUUUACUAACAGAACGCAAACCUCAGGUUUAAAGUCAAAGACUCAGACCUGGCCUUCCUUAUGAUGUCUUGUACUGACUUCUCUUUAAAACCACUGUGACUUGUAGUCGAUACUUUUCCUUAUAUUCUUCUAGGUAUAACUCAGAGUAAUAGUGAGGUGAUGGCAGAUUAAUUAAAUCCUGUUUAUAAUGAUAAGAUACAUGACCAACCAUAAAUAUCAAGUUAGAAUACAGGAUAUCUGUAACUCAUUCCUAUUACACUACCUACAAUUUAGUUUCAGUAAGAUUUUUUUUUUUUCUGUUCUGGAAGAAUGCAUUCAUUUGACCAAAAGAAAGACAUUUGUAAUGUUAGAAAAUAUUUUUGUUUUAAAUAAAUGCUGUUCUUUUGAACUUUGUUCAUCACAGAAUCCUGAAAGAAUACCAUGGUUUUCAAAUAUAAUAUUAAGCAGCACAACUGUUUUCAACAUUUUUAAUAGUAAGAACUAUUAUUUGAGCACCAAAUCAACAUAUUCAAAUGAUUUCUGAAGGAUCAUGUGACAUUGAAGACUGGAGUAAUGAUACUCAGGAAUAAAUGACAUUUUAGAAUAUAUAAAAUUCAAAAAUGUUGUUUUGAAUAGUAAUAAUAUUUCACAAUAUUGCUGUUUUUGCUAUAUUUUUGAUCAAGCAGUUGCAGGAAAGCAAAAGAAUUGUAUAGUAUGUCUAAGACAGUAUAUCUUUAAAUAAUCUCAGAUAAACUAGCUUUAUGCAUACAGUAUAAUCGUUAACCUAUUAAA